UAUCCAUUUCCCCACCGAUUCUUGUUUCUCUCUCUUCUGCAUCAGCCCCCAGUUUUCUUUUCUUCUCCACGCGCCUCCUCUCUCUCUCUCUCCCUUUCUCACCUCCGGUCACCGCGCACCGUAGCACCAGGCUCGGGCGCCACGCCGCCAUUCUGUCUAGUGCCUGGUAUCCGUUGAAUUCUGCGCCUCCAGUUGGCCCGUUUCUUUUUAUUUUUUCGGUAAUAGCGGUAAGUGCUGCGUGGUGGUUCCUGAUCUGCGUGAUCCACGAGCUAUACCGACGCCUUCUUGGCUAUCCGGAAGUGACUCCAUUGAAUCAGUGGCGAACAGACCAUUGACGUGUAUUUCCCUUCUGUUCGACGACUUUCAGUAUUCACCUACUUGAGAUCGGGCCUCGAAAACACUCGAUCAUCCACGACUCGUUUGACCCCUGAUCGUUUUACCCACUUCGUGUCGACGUUGGAUCUGUGAGGAAUUCGAACACCGGCCAGCAGGAUUAAAGGCUUCUGGAGUGAGUUUAGUUGGAUCAUUACCGUGUGAAGAUAGCAAAUUUUCUUUGUCAUUCUCUUCCCUGAUCUUCUUCUUCUUUCAGAACUUCUUCGAUUGAUAAGCAAUCUUUGUUUUAUCUGUUGAAACCAAGCGAUUAAUCGGUGGGAUUCUUGGUCUUGGACCAUGUCGUUCUCUGAUUCCGAUUCUUCUUCUAAUGGGGGCGACUACAAAAAUUUCAGGCAAAUCAGCCGUGAGCGAUUGCUGCAUGAGAUGCUUCGCUCAGCCAAAACAGGGGAUUCCAAAUCAACUUGGAAGGUUCUCAUCAUGGACAAACUUACCGUCAAGAUAAUGUCAUACUCAUGCAAGAUGGCUGAUAUCACAGAUGAAGGUGUUUCAUUGGUCGAAGACAUAUACAGACGAAGGCAGCCACUGCCGUCCAUGGAUGCUAUCUAUUUCAUUCAGCCUUCUCGAGAGAAUGUUAUCAUGUUCCUGUCAGACAUGUCAGGGAGGUCUCCUUUAUACCGGAAGUCAUUUGUUUUCUUCAGUUCACCUGUAUCAAAAGAAUUAGUCAGUCACAUCAAAAGGGAUUCGACUGUUUUACCUCGCAUAGCUGCCCUAAAAGAGAUGAAUUUGGAGUAUUUCGCUAUCGACAGCCAGGGUUUUACCACCAACAAUGAGAAAGCUCUGGAGGAACUUUUUUGUGAUGACGAGAGUUCUCAAAAAGGUGUUGCGUGCUUGAACGAGUUGGCUACCCGUGUUGGCACAGUUUUUGCAUCAUUGAGGGAAUUUCCUUUUGUUCGGUACCAAGCUGCCAGGUCCUUGGAUGCAACUACAAUGACGACUUUCCGUGACCUCAUUCCUACAAAAGUUGCUGCUGGUGUCUAUGACUGUAUUAUGAAAUAUAAGAAAACGAUCCCCAAUUUUCCUCAAUCAGAAACGUGUGAGCUGUUGAUUCUUGAUCGAUCUAUAGAUCAGAUUGCUCCUGUUAUACAUGAAUGGACAUAUGAUGCAAUGUGCCGUGAUUUGCUUAGUAUGGAGGGGAAUAAAUACGUUCACGAGGUUCCAAGCAAAGUUGGAGGUCCACCAGAGAAGAAAGAGGUUCUUUUGGAGGACCACGAUCCAGUUUGGCUUGAGCUUCGCCAUGCGCACAUUGCAGAUGCGAGUGAACGGUUGCAUGAGAAGAUGACCAACUUUGUAUCUAAGAAUAAGGCUGCACAAAUCCAUCAAGGUUCAAGAAAUAGUAGUGAACUCUCCACAAGGGAUUUGCAAAAGAUGGUUCAAGCAUUGCCACAAUAUAGUGAACAAAUUGACAAGCUCUCCCUACAUGUAGAGAUUGCAGUAAAACUAAACAAGCUUAUCAAGGAACAAGGGCUUAGAGAACUAGGACAAAUUGAGCAGGAUCUUGUUUUUGGAGAUGCAGGAACAAAAGAAGUGAUAAAAUUUUUGACGACCAAUGAGGAUGCAAGUCGUGAAAGUAAGUUACGGUUGUUGAUGAUUCUUGCAGCCAUUUAUCCCGAGAAAUUUGAGGGCGAGAAAGGUCAAAAUUUAAUGAAGUUAGCGAAACUACCACCGGACGAUAUGAAUGCAGUUACCAACAUGAGAUUACUUGGUGCCGCACCUGAUAGCAAAAAAAGCUCAUUAGGGUCAUUUUCUUUGAAGUUUGAUAUUCAUAAGAAGAAGCGUGCUGUUAGGAAACAACAUAAUGGUGAUGAAGAAACAUGGCAAUUAUCGCGGUUCUAUCCCAUCAUAGAGGAACUAGUGGAAAAACUUAGCAAAGGUGAAUUAUCCAAGGAUGAAUAUCCAUGUCUAAAUGACCCCAGUCCAAGUUACCACGGACCGUCUCAUACAGCAACAGUUCAGCCACCUCCAGCUGCUCAUUCAAUGAGAUCAAGACGGACUCCAACGUGGGCUCGACCUCGUAAUUCCGAUGAUGGAUACUCAAGUGAUUCAAUAUUGAGGCAUACAUCUAGUGAUUUCAAGAAGAUGGGACAGCGUAUCUUUGUGUUUAUUGUAGGUGGAGCAACUAGGUCCGAGCUUCGAGUUUGUCACAAGCUUACAGCAAAGUUGAAGAGAGAAGUAGUUUUAGGUUCAACAAGUAUUGAUGAUCCUCCACAAUUUAUUACGAAGCUUAAGAUGUUGACUGCACAUGAGCUCUCAUUGGAUGAUCUCCAGAUAUAAUUAGCAGCAGCCUCUAGUGUGCUCUUCAGCGCUAUGCAACCCGUUUGUUGGUCGAUUUCUUUUUUGUGGCUAUUUCAGCUUAGUCUUGUUGCUAGUUUGUCAUGAUCUUGUGAUGAACUGUUGGCAGUAAAAGUUGUGCAUAGUGCAUAAUGUAACAUGUUUUACAUUCACAUAUUGUAACAUUUCUUAAUGGAAAAGAUAAGAUUGAAACUGUACCUUACCAAUUAUA